AGAGGGAGAGAGAGAGAGAGACAGAGAGUUUCAAUUUAAGAUACUAACGUGGAAGAAGAACACUUGGAUCGGCGAUUCUAUUCUGUGUUGGCGCGAUGAUCGAUUUGAAAUGGAUAUAGAUCAGAAUAGUUGAUAAUAACAUAUUGCUAUCUAAUCUCUUGAGCUGAUAGUAGGACUCUCGCGAAAGAAACUGCCCGGUGUUUGAAGAUAAUAAACGAUAAAAGAACAUAUUUUUUCAAUUCGACUUCUUUCAAUGCGUAUACGCAAUAAUUUAGACGUUUGAAGUUUCAUAUUUAACUUCUUAGGAAGAUAUUAGAAUUUCCUUUUCACAUUUGUCCUCCAAGAUAACUCGAGGAACGAAUUACCGGUAUCGGUUAUAGAGAGGCAGCAGUUCUGUUGAGACAGCGGUGAAUACGUAUCGAAGCAGUAUUAUACUUGUAUAUUUUGUAAUUCCAUAGAUAUCAAAAUGGAAGAAAUCGUCAAGUACAAGUUAAAUCGCAGAGUGAAUAUGAUAGUGAAUCUGACGGAAUUAGUGGAUAAAGGAAGAGAUCUAUCAUUUGUAUUGGAACGUUACGUUGUGAGAGAAGAAUGUAUAAAGAAUAUAAAAGUUGUUGUGAAAAACAGUGCUGUGAAGGCUAUGCAAAAGCAAAGUGCGGGAAUAAUCGAGGCUUUGAAAACAAAUAAUAACAUGAAAGGAAUUUAUAAAAAUGCACAAGAAGGGCUUAUGAUCGAAGUGCAACGUUGCGAAGAUGAUGAUGUACGUUCGAAACAAUUUUGCGAUAUGUCGACAACAAUUUUAAUUUAGAAGAUGAGAGUUUUGACGAAACAAGUGUUCUGGAGCAAUUGGAAAGAAAAACUAAACCAAGUCGUAGACCUGCCAGUACAAGUAAAAAUGCAAAUACGUAGUUUGUGGAUUAAGAUAAAUGCGUAAAUAAAAUGUAUACCGACAGUGCUUCAUUUUCAAUCAAACUAUUGUAAUAGUUUUACUUUUAAAAUAAAAAGACAUCAUAUGUAGACUA